AAAAAAUUUGAGAUUUGUAAGUUGAGGUCUUGUUUCGAUGGAGGCCACAAUGUCACAGCAUCCUGUAAGGUAAAUGAAACAACCAUAUGGCGAUGUUGUGUGAGUAAUGGAACAGGAAUCAUUGGGUAAGUUCUUUUGUAUUAUACUCUUUAUUUAUUCUUACGUUUUGAACAUCUCUAUCAGUUUUGUACAUCGAGCUUUGCAAUUUUUGCAGUGUACCGGCUUCAAUAUCAUUUAAUAGAUGAUUCAAUAAAUGGAUUACUUUGUAAACUUAGAAUUAACUUUCCUAAAUUAAACCCUGUAUUCAAAACAGCCCAGGAAGUCCUGCGUAGAAAAGUGCCUUAACAAUCUAACUAUUGAAAAAGUACGUCUGUCCAAAUUAGUCAAUUCAGAGAUGCCUUGAUCGAGUAAAGUUGGUGUGACUUCUCAAGACUCUCUCCUGUCUCAUAGUAAAUUUUGCUAAGAUACAAUUUUUUUCGGAUGGAGGAAAAUCUGGCUCUCAAAAUUAUAAUUUAUAGAAAGACAAGGUAAGUUUUUAUUGUGGACUCCAGUAGAUUUAAGAGCUACACUUCUGAUUACCCUGUCAGUUUAAGGAUAGGGGCAUACAUUAGGCAUCACUAACUAGAAAAUUGGCUGAAAAAUCAUGGAUUGUAAUCUUCUUUAUUCCAUAAACAAUAAAAUUACUACUCUUACACAUUUGCCUUGAUGGGUAACUCAUGCUCAAUCUGAUUCAAUCUGAUUCCAGAAACUGUAAAAAUAGAUCAGAGAACAAAAGUCAGUCACUUAAAACUGAAAAGUUUUGAAGAGUGUUGGUCUAAAAUUAGGUGGAAAUUCAAAAUGAUAGUGCAACACCAUGAACCCAAUCCUAUGCUCUCCUAGAGAUCCAUUUUAAAUAUAUCUAACAGAAACAUGUUAUCUCUUGUUUUCAGGCUUGAUCUCACUAACUGCUCUUUGAAAACUCUACCAAGUUUACAAUCAGUGAAUAUGUCAUUAAAUUGGUUGUAAGUACAGAAAGUUCUUUAUGUACUUAAUUUAAACUAUUACCUCUUCCAAUCAGAAAGUAAAAAUGCUCUUAUUAGAACAAUACUGUACAUCUGUAUACUUUACAUAGUACAGCAUAAUUUUCAAUCUCUUUUCUUUCAUAAAGGAGGCAGGUUUCUUAAGAAACUUUGUUGCUAGGUCAGUGGAUGAGUGUAACAAGAUGAUAUGGUUUUAUCAACUGAGUUGGUAAAUUGGCCACUGUAAAGAGUUUCUAAACUUUUCUUUCAAGUAGAGAAAAAGACAUUUUCAAAGAGCUGAAUCACAACUAUUAUUUUUAGUUCUUCUUUGGUUUUUAAAAUUGUUGUGAAUCAGAAUGAACCCUUUGACCUCUAAGAGUGAUUGGCUUAUAAAUUCUCCUUUCAGUAUCACUGCUGAAUCAAACAUUAAGGUUAUGAGAAUAAAGGAAAGGACAGUCAACUCGAGAUGCUCUUGAUAAUCGAACUAAUUCUCCAUGCCAGCUACAUAGGAAAUGAAUAAAGCACAGUAUGGAGAAUAUUGAUACCCAUGUUAGGGUGCAAAGAGUUAACAGUUUUCUAAAGUAGACAGACACCAAACAUAUUAGAGACAAAAAAUGUAAACAUGGAUUUGUUAAGGACUGUAAAUGGUGAGAGUGUUGGAGAUUGGUUAAGAUUUCCUAACCAUGAUGCAGCUUUAACCAAUAUAUUGUUGAUUAUUUCCUGAUCAGUAUUAUUAUGUUAGGGCAGGAAUGUUACCUCAUCCUCUCUGCAAAGAAGGGAGGCACAUAAAACUGAAGGGGUGUGUGAAAUAAAGCCUUGAGUAAUAUAUGACACAACGCUUACUUCUUUUUCUUUUGCAAAAGGGAAUAUGAGACAAUUUGGAAGGAGAAUCUAGUGGUUGAUCAGAAGUCUCUUAGGCCUCUCUUUCCAUGCACCACUUUAUCUGAAAUGAAGUUGACUGUUUUUCUCCUUUUUCAGAUAUUUACAGAACAAUCCUGCUCUUGAAUGUAACAGCUCAACAUUUCAUGGUCAUUUUAAGGGUUUUGCAAACUUGACAAAGCUGUAAGUACAGAAUUUAUAGCCCUCUAAUCCUUAACCUUUUCACUCCCAAGAUCUAAUUAGUAAUUCUCCUUACUAUCUGCCAUACAAUUCUUAUGAUGCUAGUUCAGAGAAUUUGGUAUUGGAUCAACUAAUAACCCCAUAAUUGAUAUUCUUCUCUAUUCUCAUCACCUACCUGCUUGAUAUUGUAUUGAUAUUGUAAGGAGAAAUUCUGUCUUGGUCACUUGUGGGAGUAAAAAGGUUAAGUGACUAGUAUCAAAUUUCUUGUUAUAGCAUCACCUCUGAGUCAAACAUUAGGGUCAUGAGAAUAAAGAAAAUGAUCACUCACUUAAACAGCUCUGACUUGAUUAUUAAACAAAUUCUCUCUGUGAGUACCUCAGGAACUGUGCAUAGGCCAGUAUUGAGAAUAUAGGAAGUGAACGGUUAGUAAAAGAUGUGGGGCCUCAAGCUAUUUAUAUCAAUAUUAAUCCUAUCUGGGUUUCUCAACAGAAUUCAUUUUAAUGAUUGAAUGUCAAAUGUUUAGGAUUUUGCCAAGGAGAUGUAAUUGUACAGGAGGAGACAGUGUUUGGAAACAACACAUUAUCAAUGGCUCAGUAAGAUGGUGCUAUGGGCAGAGAAAUUCCUGCAAAGUCCUAAAUGGUUAGCAGAUUAUGUUUAAAAGCAAACAGGCUUUGUUUUUGAAUUUGCAUUUUAAGAGAAACUUCUCCUAGAGAUCAUGAUAGCAGGAAACUAAGAGUACAAAGUAAUUUGGUUUAAUCAACAGAGUUUGUGAUGUAAAGAAUUUCUAAAGCUGAAGAAUUGAGUGUUAGCCUUUCGUCAGAGGGAUGUUAAGGUCAGGGAUAGGGUUAGUGGGCCCUUUGCUCUGACAAAAGAUUUUCAGCAUAUUUAAGUUGGAUGCUUGUUUCAAAUUUCAUCAGUUACUGCCUGUGUAAUUUUCCAGUCAUUGUUCACCACUUGGAAAGUUUAUUUGGAUCCAACAUUGUGACCAGCUUCCAGUUGGCUUGUUAGCUCAGUUGGUAGAGGUCAUUGGUUCAAAUCUGGUAUGGGUCUGAAUUUUUUUUCAGCUCUCAUUUCAACUACUAGUUCAGUAGUGUUCAUAGCUGCAAGGAUCGCUUAUAUCUCAUGGUGACAGGUAACAGCAUAUUUUACUAUUGAUUCAUUUUGACUUUGUUCAUGACAUUCUUUUCCAGUGACCUGCCCUGGGAAUUCUGCUUGUUCUUCAAAUGGUCCAGGUACUUAUUGCCGAAAAUUUUUUAACUUGAAUUUGAACAUGCUAAAGAUAUCUUUAAGUUACAUGUUCCCUUCUGUGUAGAUUCUGUAUCUUAUUUUUCCUUAACAUGACUUUAUUUUUUUAUUAGGAUUCUCACAAUGUCUUUGUAAACCAGGUUGGCAUGGUUAUAAAUGCUUAGUUAAGGUAUGUUGUUAAACAUUGAGGUUGAAAUUUGAAAUCUUACAACAGACUCGUAUAGGUUUUGGUACAAGCCAGUUACCGGCAGUCUACUGAGGACCACCCCCUGUUUAGCCAGCCAGCAGCUUCUAGUGUUUGGGUGUAGCCUUGCUGCCCCUUUUUGGGCACAGCUUGUUACACCUUUGGCAGCCACUUUUGAAAAUAGUUAUUAAAACCACUGGCUUAGCACCAUGAUAUGUACUUAUUGACUGGGUGGGAGGGCCAGACAAUUAAUCAUUUAAUGAUGUACUGACCCUGCACAGCGAGGUCUGUUUUCCUGUCCAGCCCAACCAAACUCAGUCAAUAAGCAUUUUAUCGUAUGACUACUAAGCACUGAAAAUUUUGAAAAUGUUGUUUCGACCUAAAUAGUCCAUGAUAGAUGGGCAAGUGGGGGACAACUACCUAAAGAAGUUCUGCAGUAAAGACUUAUCCUUUGUUUUUUGGGGGAGUCAGAACAAGAGACUCACAAUCCAUCUAUAUGGGUUAUUCUUCUCUUUUUCUUUUUUCUGUUAAGUUUUUGCAACCAAGCAGUAUGAGUGCAGUGCUGGUCAACUUUUUCUGCACUGAGUCACUUCAACCUGUCUGGCCCUAGACAUGUCAGCUUUCACUGUGGUUUUCUUUGGGAUUGCUUGUGCAGGGCUGAAUGGGUCAUAUAAUGAUAGUUUCAUUUACAGUAUACUAUUUAGUAUUAGAGAUAGAAAUGAUCCAUUCUGGAAUGAAAUUUUUCUUUAAUUAUGUCAGCAUGUUUGGUUUGAACCAGCUCACAUCAGGAUAAAUGGUCUGAUCAGUAAGCACAAAAAUUGAUGGUACACACUUUUUAAAGAUAGCUUUAAAAGGAUCAGUCAAAAGGAUUUGCUGCAGAGGGUGUUUGUUUGGUUUUCUCUAUCUAGUUUAGUUUUUCAGUAUUGCGUGGAUGAAGAGUGUUUUUACUGUGGAUAGACUUGAUUAACAUGAUUGUUAGACUUCAUUAACAUGAAUAUUCAACUUCCAGAGUGGAUUUCCUUGGCUGUUAAUUUUUGCUCCAGUUGGUGGAUCAACAGUGGUUUUAAUAGUUAUUAUUCUGCUCAUCCAGCGAAAAAGGUAA